GAUUAAGCCUUGCCAACCGCAUGUGACGAAAACAGCGCAUUGCACUAAGGGAGUGCUUAUUGCUCCGGGACAGCGGGCAAAGCCUUGACAUGAGCAAACUUUUCUAAACUCGAUUAAACAUGAAGGAUAUCCACCGCCACCGCGGUUACUGCCUUCGGAGCGCAUUGCGCAUUGUUUUAUGCGCCUCAAGUCGUCUCGGACCAAAUAAAGAUCUUUCCCACUAGGACCGGUGGAGCGCAGUGCACUGCGAGGACCUCGUCACGGUAUCGACGGGGCUAACGUUGAUCCUUUGUACAGCCGGCCGCGUUCUCUUCAGCAUGUGUGGGGUCCCGGGCGUGAGUGUCACCAUGGUUACGGUCCUGUUUUGGUCAAGCCUCGCCAGCUGUCAGCUCCCAGCGGACCAUCACAAGGUCACUCCCCAUCCCGAGUCCCAUCCCGAGUCCCAUCCCGAGUCCCAUCCCGAGUCCCAUCCCGAGUCCCACCCCGAGUCCCACCCGGGUGUUUGGGGCUCCUCUCCUCCUGGGUCGUGGGGCUCCUGGGGAACAUGGGGCACGUGUUCCCGUACUUGCGGUGGCGGAGUGCAGGAACAAAGCAGGCCUUGUCUCCCUGUGGACAGGGCCUACCCCCCGAGGCAGGGUCCGCACAUGGGGCGCCAGGACCCAGAGCAGGUGGCGUCGGCCUCCAGACCCUCUGUGCCAUUGCAUGGUGGGAAUACGGGGCGGACCCCGAACGCCCAGAGGGACCCGAGGAAGGAGAAGGGUGAAGUGCGGCCCGGUCGACGCCGAGGCGGCAGCAGUCAGAUCAGCCCAGGGAUGUACGGCUAUGGGAAGAUGCCAUAUGUGAUGCCCUCAGAGAGAGAGCCAGGCCGGUCUCUCCGCAGCCCCCGACAUUCUGGCUCCACAUUCGGGCACCCCUGGCACAACUAUGGACAGCAUCAACACAGCUACAGGAACACCCACCUGAACAACCACCAGCUCGCCCACCUAAAUGCCCAUCAUGGCAGCAGCCAGCAGGUGUCCGUCCAUCAGCCCCGCUCAGGGCUCCAGCCCCAAGGUGAGCAGUACCCACGCAGCCCAUCGGCAGAUGGAGGAGGCCAGGUGUCGGCCCCGAGCAGACCCUCCAACCCCUUACCUGCCUCAUCCUGCCCAGGAGCCCCAAGUCAGUACAAGAUGUGCAACAGGAAGCCUUGUCCUGCAGCAAGCAGGCACAUCAGAGACGUCCAGUGCUCCUCCUAUAACAAACGUCCUUUUAUGGGACGCCUCUACGAAUGGGAACCCUUCAAUGAAGUUCCCGAAGACCAGCUCUGUGAGCUAAACUGCCGGGCGAUUGGAUACCGGUUCUACGUGCGCCAGUCGGACAGGGUCAUAGACGGAACUCCCUGCGGACAAAAUGAGACAUCCGUCUGUGUGGCUGGGAAGUGUCAGAAUCCCGGCUGUGAUGAGCUGCUGGGCUCUGGGAAGGUGAUGGACGGAUGUGGAGUGUGUGGGGGAGACAGCACAGCCUGCAGGCUGGUCUCUGGUCUCUUCCAGCACAGCCUGACCAGGGUGGGCUACCACAAGGUCGUGGAGAUCCCAGAGGGAGCCACCAAGAUCAAUGUCACCGAGAUGGUCAGGAGCCAGAAUUACCUUGCUUUGCGGAGCCGUUCUGGACGUUCCAUCAUAAACGGUAACUGGGCCAUCGACCGACCAGGAAAGUAUGAGGGAGGUGGGACCAUGUUCACAUACCGGCGGCCCAAUGAAAUCAGCAGCACUGCCGGGGAGUCCUUUCUGGCAGAGGGCCCAACCAAUGAGAUCCUGGAUGUGUUUAUUAUCUACCAGCAAACUAACCCGGGAGUGCUGUACGAAUACAUCCUGCCUUCCGAGAAUUCCGCCGGCACGGCUGCUAACACAGAGGGGAAUACCGUGAAUGGAGGCGUGGGGAUCGAUCAGUACGGCCGGUCGUCCCAGGAUGCAUAUGAACAGGAAGGGGGCCACAGGUACCCCCCUCUCAUACCCGAGAACCUGGUACCCGCUGCUGCCCCACCACGCAGGCACAGAGAAUACAACUGGAAGCUCAUCGGGACAACCGACUGCAGCGCCACCUGUGGGAAAGGCAGCAGCCAUACUGUGUUUGGCUGUGUCCAUCGGGCCACUCACGAGCGUGUGUCCGACAGCCUGUGUGACGGCACUGCCAAACCCAGCCCACAGGAUGAGCCCUGCAACAUCCAGCCUUGUCCUGCCUUCUGGGACAUCGGUGAAUGGUCCGAGUGCAGUAAGUCGUGCGGCCUGGGUUUGCAGCACCGGCAGGUUCUGUGUCGGCAGGCCUACGCCAACCGCACGCUUAGCGUGCACGCUUCCCACUGCCGCCACCUGCCACAGCCUGAGAGCAGCAGCCCGUGCCAGCUGAAGAUCUGCAGCGAGUGGCAGCUCCGCUCCGAGUGGAGCCCGUGUUCUGUGCCCUGCGGUGUGGGUCAGAGGUCACGGGAGGUGCUCUGCGUCAGCAACGUCGGUGACGUCGUGGAGGAUGAGGAAUGCAAUCUGAAGCUCCGCCCCAGUGACAUGGAGAACUGCGAUAUGGGACCAUGCGCUAAGAGCUGGUUCUACACGGAUUGGGCUGAGCAGUGCUCUGCAGAGUGUGGGAUUGGUGUGCGUAGCCGCAGCGUGGUCUGUCUCACUAAUCACGUUAGCAGUCUUCCUCUGGAGGCCUGUGGGUCAGAGCGCCCCCCAGAGGUGCAGGCCUGCAACAGUGGGCCCUGUGAGAGCCGUACUGAGUGGUUCACUGGGCCGUGGGGUCAGUGCUCUGCAGAGUGUGGCACGGGCAGCCAGCAGAGGGCAGUGGCGUGUCUGACGAGGUCAGACGAGGGAUUCACAGUGGUGCCACUGUAUGAAUGCUCUUCACUGGACAAGCCCCUCAGCCAGCAGACCUGCCAUACCAAGGCCUGCGGAGCCAAGUGGCACCACACUGACUGGAGUGCAUGUUCCAAGACAUGUGAGGGGGGAUUCCGUGUGCGAGAGGUGCGCUGUCUCGCGGACGAUAUGACGCCGAGCGAGACAUGCGAGCAAGGACUGAAACCAGAGGAGCAAGAGGAGUGCAGCCCUGAGCCCUGUCUACCACACAUCGAUGAAAACUGCCAAGACAAGUACUUCAACUGCAAUGUGGUGGUCCAGGCUCGACUGUGUGUGUAUAAUUACUAUAAGAUGGCCUGCUGUGCCUCCUGUACACGCGCUGCCCAACGGCAGACGACGUUCAAAAACUACAGAUAAAAUGAGCCCCUGCGGAUCGCGCUGUUACCGGUUCAGCCGCUAGGGGGCGCUUUAACCAGACACAGCACAAAAGAUCUGCAGUGGGCUUGACACACAGUGGACACGGGGGGAAGUCAAAGUUAAGUGACAAUGCGUGUUUUGAGAACCAAAGGUGUGAAAUACAGGUAAAUCCCAUGGAGGCAAAACACAGCCCUGAUCUGGAGUCAGGUGAGAACACUGUUGAAUUGAGAAAUACAGAUAAAUCCCAUAGAGACGAAACACGGCCCUGAUCUGGAGUCAGGUGAGAACACUGUUGAAGCAACAACUUGUGUGGCAUGCGAGCAAUGACCACAGUGGCUCAGUGACCCAGGUCUGUUCUGGCACUGAGGAUGUCUUUGUUAACAGGAACUGGAGACUCUGAGAGAUUCAUAUGGGAUUCAGUGAUUCAUGCGUAUAGUGACCUAUAAGUAUGUAAAAUGCAGCAAAGCCAAAUGUUUUAUUCCUGGUAAUAUAAUUAGAAUUAUAAUUAGUGCUUCAGAGGGAAAAAGGAGUCUGAGUAUUAGCAAAGCCACUAUUAACAACUUUUCACAGUCUGCUUCUAGACUACCAUUACAGGCGUCAUUUUACAAGACAAAUCCCUUGAAAUAGAUUCAGUUUUAACUAACUGUUCACACCAAGCCAUCAUUAGGUUAUCAUGCAUAUACUUUAGCUAAUAAAAGCAACUUCCUUCCCACUGGGUAGGAGAGAAAAUUCUAUGGAAUAUGUCAAAAAUCAAUUAACGUAGGUCUCGGAGCUUUAAGAGGCUGUGUUGAGAUCUAGAAACAAGCCGGACCAGUCACAUCCCAGAGUGCAGCAGGGGAGAAACCGCUGGCAUGCCUUGAUGGGGAAAGCAGACAGGAUUUAUGACGAGACCUGCUUGGCUAAGCUCCCACUACAGGGGCGCACACGGCCAGCUCUGUUUUCAUCUGACGCCACAACCUGGAGUCGAUUGCAAGAAUAAUCUCGCUGGCGUUCCGAACCUGACACGUGUCAAAACAGCCUCCUGCCACGUUAAAGGAGACUUAAUAUACAAUAAAACACACCAACGAUUGUAUUAGCUCGAGUGUUUCAGCAGUGUUUCUGCCAACUCUGCCCUUUCCUGUAGGACUAGUGUAUCCAGGUCCACACGGCCAUGUACUGCAGUAGUCAAGGCAUGGAAUGCUUUCAGGCAUGGGAGACUCCAGCAGGGACAGACAGAUCACCCAGAUGAGCAGGAACAUCACACACAGAUGUGUGUGUGUCUCUCUGUGUGUGUGUGUGUGUGUGUAGUUUAUUUUUGAUUGCUGCCUUUCUGCCUUCAGGUUUCCAGAAACCAAGUGUCCUGAAUGUGCCAGAAAAGGAGAAAUUCAAACAUCUAGUUAAUUAAGCUGUAUGAAAUGUUUGUAUAGUAACUCUGGCCUUUCUCGGGAACAGUCAGUCUUCCAGUGUAGAAUAAAGGUUGCAUUUUUAUGGCCCAGAACAUUUUAUUAAAGAAUUCAAAGAAUAUACUGACCAAUGUUCCAGUAAUUUCAUCUUCAACAUCAGACCUUUCAAUAAUACCUAGUUAAUACUAGACUACAGCUAAUGAGCAAGAUUAAAAUUUAGGUUUUGCCUCAGUAAUUCUUUGUACUAGACUGACUGCUAUAGUGUAUAAAUUUACCACUAAUUUAUAUUUCUUUAGCUUCUAAAAAAAAUUCAUUUAUAUUUAUAUUUUGAAAUUAUCCAGGUGUUGACAUGUGUAAUAGUUUGUCACGUGUAAUUGUUUGUUACAGUGCAGAGUCAUCAUAACCUGUUCCGCGAUAGUGUUGUUUUAUAAAACUGAUUAAAGAGGUCCAUAAUUCAA